AUGAGCCGUUCUCCCUCUGCCAGUGAUUACAAACUGCAAGACGAAGAGCACUCGCCUACGGUGCAAGGACUGUCCAAACGUCCUGGCCACGCGCCUUCCGUUCCUGCGAAGUUCGCCGAUGAGUCUUUCAAGUUGUUCGCGUCGCUUGGGCCGGUCGAGGAUCCGACGCCAGAGGAAGCUCGGAGGAUUAAAAAACGUGCGACGCUCGUCGUUCUGCCUUUCCUCUGUGUUGGUUAUCAUCUGAUGUACCUCGACAAGCAAAUCCUCGGAAGCCAGUCUAUUCUUGGGAUCCUCGAGGAUGCGCAUCUCUCCUCUGGACAAUAUAACUGGCUUGUCUCUAUUUUCUACUUUGGCUACUUAAUAGCAGAGCUCCCUCAAAACUACGCAUUGCAACGAUUUCCGCUUGGAAAAUGGCUGGGAGGAAACCUCCUCGUGUGGACGGUCCUAAUCUUGUCCCAAAUGGCUUGUCGCAGUUUCGGCAGCCUGUUUGCUUUGCGCUUUUUACUGGGUAUCUCCGAGGCUUGCGUCGUUCCGGCUUUUCUCAUUACGUUGAACAUGUUCUUUACGCAUGACGAGUCUGCUACACUUAUGCCAAUUAUGUGGGCUGCUGGGAACUCGAGUCCAAUCUCAAAUGGACUAUUGUCUUAUGCUGUGUUGCACAUCAAUAAGGGCGGUUUGGCUCACUGGGAAUGGUUCAGCCUCAUUAGCGGCGUGAUCACGUUCGUGUAUGCCGUGCUUGUGAUUUUGUUCUUCCCAGAUUCUCCCACUUCCGCAUGGUUCUUCACGCCUAAGGAACGUGCUCAGAGUAUCCUUCGCAUUCGAGGUAAUCACGAAGGGAUCGAGCAGAAAACUUUCAAACGUUCUCAGAUGAUCGAAGCUUUCAAAGACCCAAAGACAUGGCUGUUUUUCCUCCAUGCAUGGGCUCAAGAAAUGGCCAAUGGGACGACGAGCCAGUAUUCUUUGAUCAUCAAGUCCUUCGGCUUCACGACAUUACAGACAACGUUGCUUGGCUGCGUUUCGGGACUCUCAUCUGUUGCUUUCCUUCUCCCAUCUGCUUGGCUGUUGGCACGCACAAAGAAUUGUCGUGCCUACCUCGCAGCGGCCGCGUACCUUCCUGCAAUUCUGUCAACUAUCCUGCUCUUGACCUUACCCUUUUCUAACCGCUGGGGACUGCUUAGUGCCUUAUGGAUCAGAAGCUCCGCCGGUGUUCCAUACGCCGUCGUCAUGAACUGGGGAUCCUCCGCGACGUCGGGUCAUACUAAGAAAGUGACCGUCAACGCCCUCUAUCACGUCGGGUAUGGGCUGGGCAAUAUCCUUUCGCCGCAACUAUUCCAGCCUCAAUACAAACCGAGAUACCUCUCAACCUGGUGGGUCAUCCUGUGGGUCGCUUGCGUCUUCCCUACGUUCCUGGUCCUCUACAUUCGAUGGUACCUGCAACGCGAGAACAAGAGACGCGACCUUCUAUCCGCAGACCAGAGCGAGGAUGACCUCGGAGUGGUCAUCGAGAUCGACGAGAAUGGGCAGAAGGUGGAACGGACUGUGUCAGAUAAUCAGCUCGAUCUGACCGACCGACAAAAUUUGGUACGUGAAGUGCGUAUGCCGCCUGAAUCGCCCACUGACGUGCUCGCUUGA